UCCCACCAACGCCUUCCCUUUUCCUUCUUUCGCCAUGAUGUCCUUCGCUGGCAAGUAUGAGCUGGAGAGCCAAGAGAACUAUGAACAGUUUCUUGAAGCAGUCGGACAUCUCCAUGCUAAGACUGACCUGAAAGUGCAGACGGAAGUACAUCAGGAAGGGAAGGACUUCACGUGGACUCAAAGCCUCCCAGGCUGGACCUGGUCUAAUAAGUUCACCAUUGGGCAGGAGUGUGAGCUGGUGACAAUGACAGGCUCCAAAUUCAAGGCUCCCGUCAUUAUGGAAAAUGGGAAGAUUUCUGUACAAUUCCCACAAUACAACUUCACAGCUGAGAUGGUGCACGAUAAGCUAGUGAUGAUUUGUAUCACUCCAGGGGAGAAGGGAGUGACUUUCACAAGAGUUAGCAAGAGGAUUUGACGCUGCAAGACCCAACAUGCUUGAAAGAAAAUUGCAGUAGAAAGAUGGAAAGUCAGAAGAAGGCAAAUAACACAUUUUGAGCAUGAACAUGUUAUUUUUUUAAAUAUAUUUUUCCAACUUUCUUCUUAAAAUAAUCAUUUAUUUUUUUUUAAAUACAUUUUAAUUUCAUAAUAUUAUUACUUUCUUUCCAACAUUAUUCUAACUUUUACCUCAAACUAUCUUUCAAAAAAUUAAAAAAAAUUGUUUCUAAUUUAUCAUUUCAUUAGCAUAAAGUUGAACUAUUUAAAAAUAGUAAUUUUUUUGAAGUGUUAAUAUGAUAAGCGAACAAUUGCCCACGGCUUGAACCGCCACAGCUAAUAAAGCUGGGGGACGCAAUUACUGCGUCAAACACUAGAGGGCGGUAUUGUGUCAACAUAAAUUACAUACAGAUAGCUAGUGAGGGGAUAAUGUUAUAUUUUUCAGGUCCAAUUAUUCUGGCCAUAGAUAUUAAUUUUACCUCACACUCUUUGGAGCGACUCACAAUCUUUCUAAAAAAUUACUACUUGAUUUUGUUUUGUUCAUUUUUAGUAGCAUAAAGUUGAACUACUAAAAAAAAAUCGUAAGAUACAACUGCCAGUGGGUGUCGCUAUUACUCUGUUAAACACUAGAGGGCGGUAUUGUGCCAGGAGUCCUAUUAAAUACAACCCAUGCAGAUGGAUACAAAAACAGUGUUUGAAUGCUUGUUUAUUAGGUUAAUCAAGGUGCAAUUUGCAAGACUUUUUGUUUUUAGAUGUCUUCUCUCUUGCUAACCAUCUUGUUGGUAAUUCCACCGAGGCUAUUAAUCUGGGGUGGGGAGAAAAAAAAAAAAAGAUUCAAAUUAAAUCACCUAAAAUAGAUGACUGAAUGUGAGCAUGCUCACCUCAACAAGCUUGCCACCAACUAUUUCUGCGGUGUAAACAUAUUUAGGGAACUGGAUCCUGAGUUUAUUUCCAUCCAUAGUGACAGUGGUCUAAAAUGGGAAUACAGAACAAGCAGUAGAAAGGAAAUGUCUAUUUCAAAAUAAAGUUUUUACCUUGAAUGUUGUGCCAUCCAUAUCUUCCAGUUCAACCUCCCUGCCAAACAUGAAUGUGUUGGUCCACACAUCAGAGCCCAUGAACUUGGCAAUUCUGAAGUAAGGGCCCUGAUACAUGUCAGUCACAAAGUCUUCAUUGUCAA